AUGAAUUGGGAUUAUCUAUUUGAUUUUACAUUUGUAGAAAAACACGUUCGAGUAAUUAAUCAGUGCAGAAAGAUUGUUUUAGAGAAACCAAAAAAUAUUGAGUUAUAUUAUGGAUUACAUACUAAUUUUAGAUUUGGACAUCCGAUAUUGAAAGAAUGUGUUAGAAAAAUAGUUGAAGAAUUAGGUGGACGAAAAAGCUUUAUCAGUGUUCAUCUAAGGGUUGGCGAUGAACGUUUUAAUUCUGAACUUUUUGGAGAUCAGCUUGAUGAUUCGAUAUUAAGCCUAUUAAUUAAGGAGGUGGAAGAAUCCCUAUGA